AUGCAGUCUCUACUUCCUGCGCGUUUAUACGCUUUGCGCUCUGAAAAUGCGGGUCUACCGCAACGUUCCUCACGAUUUGCUCAUACGCACGGGACGAGCUUCGAUCCUCCGGCCUCCCCUACCAACUGGAAGCGAUACAAUACGCCGCAACCCCCGGUAGCUGCUCUACCGCCUGAAAUACUAUCCUUGAUCUUCCGAAUAUGCGCCGAGACAGAGCGCCCAAUGUCACCUUACAACUUGAGUGCGCGCGCGCUGUUCGAAUCUCGACUCGCUUUUGGGAUUGCUGUGCCUCGUGAUGUCGAUGCCGAGGAGGAUUUAGACGAAGAUGCCCUGGGCGAGUUUGAAGAGCCCCUGUGGGUCAAAGGACGGAAAGGCACCCUGGGAUAUAUUGAACUGUCCCAUGUGUGUUCAAAGUGGCGAAAUGUGAUGCUUGGAUACUCGGCACUUUGGGCUGAGGAUAUUGGAGCCCUACCCGAUGCAUUGCCUACCUUUCUGGAGCGCGCGGGAGGCGUGCUACCUCUCACAGUGCGCGUGUACGGCGCGACUUAUCGUCGGGAUAACACACCUGUGUGGGAGGCGCUCCUCGCCAGCGACGGCGCACUCGCUCGGCGCGUGAAGGCCCUCUACUGGGUAGAAACGCGCGAAGCCUACUUGCGAAGGCGGCUCUCUGCGAGACUGCGUCAUUGCAAUUUCGAUACUCUCGAGAGGCUGAUUAUUUGGGCUCAUGAGUACCCGGAAUACCAAACGGGUCCACAGCACCUCAUUCUGACCACUCCACGUCUGCGUGUGGCCGAUUUCACCAACAUGGCGCUCACCCCGACCUCCACCUCCUUGACUGAACUCAGCAUCCGGGCGACAUGUGCAACAGAUGAGGGGGAGUAUGACGCUUGGAGUAUUGAGCACAAUCAUCUGCGCUCGAUACUAGAAGCUCAUAGUCAGACCUUAGUGCACUUGUACAUCGACGUGGAAUCCGAUUUCGUUGCCACAGCACCUUCUCUCGAGCCGCAAUUGGCGUUUCCCCAUCUACAGCGGCUGUAUCUGCACGAUCAUUCCCUAGGUGGCGAUCUUCCCGCUCCCAUACUGUCAGGCAUCUCGUAUCCAUCUUCAGCACUCACAUAUCUACACCUCGAACAGGGCUCGUGGGAAGGAGAUACAUCCGAACUAAUAUACCUAGUCGGUAUGCUGCGCCAGGCAGGUGUUCCGGCGCCUUACGGACUGGCGAUCGCAGAAGAGCGUAGAGUUGAGGAAGAUGUCGAUGAUAUCUCCCUUCUAAUCAGGUUUUAUGUGGAGCCCUCAUUUGACAUCUCAUCCUGUACGCAUCUGGCGAACGGAGGUCUCUUCGGCCAUGGAACACAUCGAUUAACCCUGCGGCUUGAGUACGACGAGCAUGUACCCCUGCGCAAGCUGCUUGAGGUACUGUCGCAGGCCAUAGCGACGGACAACGUGAGAACACUCUCUCUCACCAGCUCGGGGAUAUGCCCAGGAUGUCGGGAACAAACAAGCUCAGUGAUCCAGGAGCAUUUCGCCGGCGUACGGACUGUCCACGUAGGAGAUCCGCACAUUGGAGGCGUCAUACCGGCCUUGGGGUGGCUCGGCAACGCUUCAAUGAUGCCCGGGCUCGAGAGACUCUGGCUUACCCGAAGCGGCGACGCGGAUGCGAAGGGAGUCAACACGCUCUUGCGUAGGACGUUGGGCACGCAAUUAUGCUCGCGCUACGACCGGCGGCCCCACGGUAGCCGAGCCGAACUUGGCGCCCCUGCGAGGUUGAAGGAGUUGAGGGUCUGCAAGUCAGUCCUUGUCAAGAACAUGGAGUACUUUGCAGCCCAGUCUAUGGUCAUGAUACGGGAUUCGGUGGAUGUCCUGGACUGGUGCACGGACUUCUUGCCGAUUCACUGA